CUCUGUCACAAAAAUAACAGAAUAACAGUCCUUGCAUCCAUCACUAACAGUGUGAGCCUAUCAUAUCCUCUGUUAGAAAGACAGUCCGAUGCCUAAAGUAUUCUGUGUUCAUGCAAGAUGCGGUGAAGGACCGCACCAGGGUUGUAAUCAACAGCCAAAAUGCACGAAGAAGUAAAGGGGAUUCAACAUAUACUACGCAUAUAACAAAAUACUUAUCUAAACAGUUCUAUUUAUCAGCGAAAGGGUGGCCCCCCACUGGCUAUAAUGUAAGCAGUCUACUCUGACUUAAAGCAUCAGUGGUUGAUGUCACACCUCAAACUCGUGACCAUAUGAAGACAACUUUACUGUUACCCCGAAAUUUCCUCAACCAAACCAAAUAAAUAUUGAGUACACAAAAAAACAGUUGUAAGAAAUAUGUUUCACUUAAAUUCAUGAGUUUCCUUCACACACUCAUAUUAAAGGCAAUAAAAUUCAUCUUUUUUCUCUCAACAACUUUUGUGAUUUGAAGUAAAACACUGUGCAGCUUUAUGUUCUUUUUGUUUCUCUAGAAGGGGAAAAAAAUGGAAGGUGGACUCCCCAUGCUAAAUUGUCUGUUACAGCACACACUUAGAAGUCUCUGUACUUGCUCUGACUCUUCUUCUAAUGCUUCUGAGUGGGUCUAUGCUGUUUUCUGGAGAAUUGUCCCCAGAAAUUAUCCUCCACCUAAAUGGGAUCAUGGAGGAGGUUUGCUCGAUCGAGCUAAAGGAAACAAGAGAAACUGGAUACUUGUUUGGGAAGAUGGUUUUUGUGACUUUUAUGAAUGUGAAAGAGCCACAAGGGAAUAUGUAAAGAUAAAUUUUGGUCCUGAAAUCUUCUUCAAAAUGUCUCAUGAGGUUUAUUCUUUUGGUGAAGGAUUGGUGGGCAAAGUUGCAGCAGAUAAUAGUCACAGAUGGGUGUUUAAAGAUGCCCCAAAUGAAAAAGAUUCAAACUUUAUUUGCUCAUGGAAUAUGUCUAUUGAACCUCAACCAAGAGCCUGGGGAGUUCAGUUUAACUCAGGAAUUCAGACUAUUUCUAUUAUAUCUGUUAGGGAAGGCAUAAUUCAGCUUGGCUCACUUAAUAAGGUAUUUGAAGAUCAUAGUCUAGUAGUAAGCAUUCAGAGGAAAUUCAGUUACCUCCAGAGCAUACCGGGCUUCUAUGCAAUUCAGAGACCUUUUUUGCCAAUCCAACAUCCACACACUUACAAGCCAAACAAUGUCACUCUAGUUAAUGAGACGGAUUAUGGAAUAGAUGAUAAACACCUGCUAAAUGGAUCGAAAAGAGUUAAUGGUGAACGAUUAAUUCAUGAGUUCCCGUUCAAGUCCAUCAACUUUGGCUACAUUAGUCCACAAACCAUGGCUACUCUACCUUUGUGCUCGAUGCCUAUAGCAGCACCGUCUUGUUAUGCUAAUGCAGUACAUGAGAUGAGUACUUUACACGACAGAGUUAUGAGGAACACUACAAGCAAGGAUGUCAAGGUUGAUGAGCUAGGCCAUUUUAAGUUUGAGACAGCUGAGGAAUAUGACCAAUUUUCCUUAAACCAUAACUUAGGACUGGAAAAUAAGGUAGUUGAGGUUGGUUUUAGACAACUAGGAAAAGGAGGGGCUGCUCCAAAUCCAAGUUAAUUGUAGCUUAGUGUAAGUAACAAACUGCAAAGGGUCUAACUACAUAGGGACCUUUGGCUGGUUGUUAAUUAGCUUUUUACUUGUUGAUAAAGUACUGAGUAAUUUGUUUAUAUGGUAAUGAUAUAGUAAUCUUUAGCAAUUUA